AUGGCAGAUAGCCUGAUGGAGAAAGUAGAAAGAGAUGUACCUGAGGCUCCUCCUCUUCGUCACGAGUUCACGUUGCAGAACUCGAAAGACCAUGUGUCAGUCCAAGGAAAGGCUGGGGAUGGGGAUGGGCAGAAACGUGAUAUGAUAUGCUCAUCUCGUAGCUCUGAUCACAGGGGCAGUUCAGAGCUCAACCUUAUUCGCCAUUUGGAUAUGAAGGCAUCCGGAGUUCCAACCGAUCAAAACUUGAAAGUAGAUGCUGCUGCAGCGCCAAGGGUUUUCUCCUGCAACUACUGCCAGAGAAAAUUUUAUAGUUCACAAGCACUUGGAGGUCAUCAGAAUGCACACAAGAGAGAGAGGAUACUUAUGAAAAAGGAGCAGAGAUUAGGGCAGCACUUCAUGGCAGCAGCUGCAGCUUUUGGGCGCUCGAGCAUUCAUCACCGCCAUCAUUAUUCGAGCAUUGCUUCCCUUCCACUUCAUGGCACUCUGCACAAGCCACUUGGAAUUCAGGCACACUCCAUGAUGAUUAAGCCUUCUUACAUCCAUAGUUCUUCAGGGAUCAUUAAGAGGCCCGUUUUCAGCCAACAACCUGCAGUGGGUAAGUUCAUUGGAGAAAAUAAUUGUCAUAUUACUCCAUCAGCUUCAGCAGCGCUGUUGUUGAAAGAAAAAAUCAACAGACCAAGAAUAGUGGUUUCUUCUCCUCCAGGUGAAGCCACCAUUGCUGAAGGUCUGUGGACAGGUAGCUCCAGUAAUCAUUUGGAGACUAAUAGAGAAAACCUUGAUCUUUCUCUCAGACUCUGA